GGGGAACCUUUCGGGAACCUUUAACACUCCCGCUUCGCGCCUCGCAGCCAGCGCAGCGCACCACACAUCGCGGCAACUUUGAAUGUGCUGAUAUUAGAACCCUCUCAGCCAGAGAUUCGCCAUCCUGUGGGAGGCUCGCCAUGAACCCCGUGGCGUCGCCUUCGUGCAGCACCUCGAACCUCUUAUUCAUCUCCAGUCUGUCUCGAGCCUGUCUCUGCCAGCGGCCCUUAUGACCACGAAGGUCACGCGAGCCUGUGAUGCUUGUCGAGUUCGAAAGGUGAGAUGCAGCGGCACACAGCCCUGCGCGCAGUGCUCCCACCUCAAUCUUGCUUGCGCCUUUCCGCCCGCACCGGCCAAACGCAAGCCCGGCGUACGAGGCCGUCUCGUCGCCCAGCUGCGCAACCAGGCUGUCGCCGAUGCCACCGACAGGAGAGCCGCCUUCGUCGCGACGACCACACACCCCUCGCCCGCCGCUGUGAACCGCCCCUCAGCGUCGUCCGUCACCUCCAUUGCCGGCAUCCUUGACCCCGACCAUGUCGUCACGCCUCGACUCGACCUGGCACCGGCCAUUGGCGGCUCCGGCUACUCGCAGGACUUCUUCAUGAGGCUGCUUCCCGAGUACGAGCAGCUUGUCUACCCCGUUAACCCCGUCCUGACACCCGACGAAUUGCGAGCCGCCAUCGCAAACAUGCAUGCGAGCUACGAGGAUGCAGCGCUCGUCCACUCCUUUGGCGCCGUCACCAUCAAUCUCACGCAGACGUCGUGGACCCUGCACGGCGACAUUGCGGCACAGAUGACCUCGCUCAUCCGGUACAGUGUGUUCGCGCACCAUAAGGUUGACAUGGGCAGGGACACAGCAGAUGUGCACUACCUCCAGUGCGAGAUGCCCAUGACGGUCAAGCGCAUCAUGGUCGGCAUCUGGAACGAAAUCUCCCUCAUGGCAUUCAAACGCUUUGACCGCGGAUUUGCAAGCUUGCGCGAGGCCAUCACCAUGAUCCAGAUGCUCGACGUACACCAGUACUCCGAGGACAACCCGUGCGGGCUGACGCGCCGCGAAAUCUCGCGCCGGCAGCGCAUGUACUGGGAGGCCUACAUCCACGAGCGCUUCAUGUGCAUCAUGUCGGGCUUCCCCUGCGUCAUGAUCCCGCUGCGAACCGGCCUACCCAUCACUGACCCGGACGUCCCGCCCUGGGUGACCGUCGGCUUCAACCGCCUAAUCCGGCUGUUCCAGGUCAUGGAUCCGCCGCUGCUCGCGCACUGGACCGCGCAGACCGUGCUCUACGCGCCCACCAUCACGGCCGAGUGGAUCGAACACAAGCAGGCACAGCUCGACGCCGACGAGGCCGAGACCGCCGAGGCCGUGCGCGAACUCGCGGCCAGUGGCGGCGGCGCCCUCACCGAGGAGCAGCACGUCGACCUCUUCGUCACGCGCCUCUGGCUGCGCACCCUCGUCUGGCAGCUCGCUCUUAAGCACGGGCUCCUCCGGUCCGCACCCCCUCGCGACGCCCACGAGGGUUUCUCUCUGCACUUCCCCGCGCAGCGCCUGUCGGCGCAGCUGCGCGGCCUCGUCAGUCGCCUGCGCAGCAUGUCGAGCAUUGUCACCCACGGCAGCGGCAUCUUCCAGAAGCUGUUCGAGAUCACCAGCACCGUCGCCGACGUGCUCGCCCUGCCGCGCGGGCCCGGCCAGUCGCAGGAGGAGGCCCGCGCCCGCAUCGAGGACUUCCUCUUCGUCGUGCGCUUCAUCUUUUGCUUUGAGCGCACCCAGAAGCACCAGCGCGACUACCUGCGCGAAAAGCUGGACGCCUUGCGGGAUAUGUACACGGUCGUCGACUUUGGGGACUUGGCCGGCAGUCCCGCGGCGGUGCGGUGAGCGGCGCGCCGCGUGGUCUCUGUUGAUGCCGCAAAAGGUGACCGGCCCCUUGGUAAAAUGGAUGGUGCAAGUUCUAGAGAAUAAAUUUGGCGUUAGCGGAGUUGGUACGCACAUAUUGUAGUGAAGAGAGGGCGUUGCGAGGUCCCGCGGGGCCGCGGAGACCGCAAGGGACGUCACCAGUAAUCCAAUGUGCAAAACGUAAGUGUAAUGAUUCAUCUUGUAUUUAUAUAAGUAGCCAAGCGGCGUGAUGCGACGAUAUUGCAAAGUAACAAGUCAGAG